AUGGUUGCCAGCCAGAAACCAUGGCACAUUUUUUUGCCAUUUGCCCCCACCCAAAGUAGUGGGUGGCUUCAGUGCCGGGACGCUAGAAACGGUAGUGGCAUGCGCACAAGGCUGGACCCAGUCGGCGACAUACCAUGUCGCACGAUAGCCAUCUCGUUCCUAUCUCCUCCUUCUUGGGAGGGGCAACUUUUGACAGGCGCUAUACCGUGGGAGUGCUAUGGAAAACAGAGGUGA